UUCACGACGUACGACAACGUGCCGCUCCAGAAUUUUUUGCGUUCUCUGUAUUACUUUUACCCAGCAGCCUGCGAGGGAGUGACAGCCAUUCCUCUAGUAACGUCAGCUUUACAAAACGGGUUGUGCAAACUGGAACCCAGUGCAACCUGCUCAACCGUACCAGUCGCCGCCUGGGCUCCCUGUAUCAGCGGAACGCGUGAAUAUAAAGACAGCAGUGUGUUCUGUAGACCUGUAGCAGGAUGAAGCACUGUCCCCAAUCUCGUUUGUUAUUUGUCUGCACGAUAUUAUUAUCAGCAGCGACUUGCAGCCACAGUUUCUAUCUUCCGGGGUUGGCUCCUGUAAGUUUCUGCGAGGAAGGUAAAGGGAGCCCAAACUGCAAGUCUGUCUUUGAACUCUUUGUGAACAGACUGGACUCUGUAGAAUCGGUGUUGCCUUAUGAAUACGAUGCUUUCGACUUCUGUCAAGAAGCAUCUGAGAGGAGGCCCUCCGAAAACCUGGGCCAGGUGCUGUUUGGAGAGAGAAUUGAGUCUUCACCUUACAAGUUUAAUUUUAUGAAGGAAGAAAAAUGCAAGCUGGUUUGCAAAAAAACGUAUGAUCCCAGCAAUGCAGAUGACAAGGUUAAGAUGGCUUUUCUCAAGAAGGGGAUGGAACUCAAUUAUCAACACCACUGGAUCAUUGAUAACAUGCCGGUCACUUGGUGUUACGAUGUUGAAGACGGGCAAAAGUAUUGCAAUCCCGGGUUCCCCAUUGGGUGCUACGUGACUCAGGAUGGGCGACCCCAAGAUGCCUGCGUUAUUAACUCCGAGUUCAAUAAGAAGAACACCUUCUACCUCUUCAAUCACGUGGACAUCACCAUUACGUACCACAGCGGGGAGGGGGAGGGCUGGGAAGGAGCACGGCUGGUGGCUGCGAAGCUGGAACCAAAGAGUUACAAGAACACUGAUGAAAAGAAUCUGAAUUGUGAAUCUAGUCCUGCAAUGGAGGUUUCUAGUGACUUUAAUGGCAAAUUGGAUUUCGUCUACACCUACUCUGUUCACUAUGUUAAAGACAAUCAUAUCAAGUGGGCCUCCCGGUGGGACUACAUUCUUGAAUCCAUGCCACACACCAAUAUUCAGUGGUUUAGUAUAAUGAACUCCUUGGUUAUUGUGCUGUUCCUGUCUGGCAUGGUGGCAAUGAUCAUGCUGCGAACUCUGCAUAAGGACAUCGCCAGGUACAACCAGGUUGAUCAGGAGGAGGCUCAGGAGGAGUCUGGGUGGAAGCAGGUGCACGGAGACAUCUUCAGGCCCCCCAGAAAGGGCAUGCUGCUGUCUGUCUUCCUCGGCCAAGGCACCCAGAUCUUCAUAAUGACCUUCAUUACACUGUUUUUGGCCUGUCUUGGUUUCCUGUCUCCUGCAAACCGGGGUGCUCUGAUGACGUGUUCAGUGGUGCUGUGGGUUUUACUGGGGACGCCAGCAGGAUACGUGUCCGCUCGCAUGUAUAAAACGUUUGGAGGUGAAAAAUGGAAGACCAAUGUUCUGCUGACAGCGCUCUUGUGUCCUGGGGUCGUGUUUUCUGAUUUCUUCAUCAUGAACCUGAUUCUCUGGGUGAAAGGCUCUUCGGCCGCCAUCCCCUUCGGCACGCUGGUGGCGGUUCUGGCCAUGUGGUUUGGCAUCUCUGUGCCUCUCACCUUUUUGGGGGCUUACUUUGGAUUUAAAAAAAGAUCCAUUGAACACCCAGUGCGGACAAACCAGAUUCCUCGUCAGAUUCCAGAGCAGUCGUUUUUCACCAAGCCGCUGCCUGGCAUCGUAAUGGGUGGCAUACUGCCCUUCGGGUGCAUUUUUAUUCAGCUGUUCUUCAUUCUGAACAGCAUCUGGUCCCACCAAAUGUACUACAUGUUUGGAUUCCUCUUUCUGGUAUUUCUAAUUCUCCUCAUCACCUGCUCGGAGGCUACUAUCCUGUUGUGCUACUUCCACCUCUGUGCAGAGGACUAUCACUGGUGGUGGAGGUCAUUCCUAACCAGCGGCUUCACAGCUGUUUACCUCUUUGUUUAUGCAGUCCAUUACUUCUUCUCCAAGCUACAGAUCACAGGGGCGGCCAGCACUAUCUUAUACUUCGGAUACACCAUGAUCAUGGUCCUUAUAUUCUUCCUCUUUACAGGCACGAUUGGGUUUUUCGCAUGCUUCUGGUUUGUAAACAAGAUCUACAGUGUGGUCAAGGUGGACUGAAACUCUGCAUUGUCCCGGACAGCCUUGCAUUGGUCCUGGGUUUACUUUGCAGGGGGUAAAUCCAAUGCACACUUUUGUUUUUCAGUAACUGGUAUAAAUAGCAGAAGUUUGUAAGACUGUAUGAAAACAUGACAUAUUUAAGAUUUAAAGAUAUACUUUUGUCACUUGUUUGUUUGGCGAAAGUCUAAAACGAUAUUCUGUUGUUUUUAUUACUUUUGUUUUGGUGUGUGUUUGUUUUGAUUUUUUUCUGAAGCAUUGUGUCGGCUGGUUGUGUUUUACUCCAAAGAUUCCAUGUUUGGGGAGGGGGGUAAAUGUAUCCAUUUUAAAUUGAAGCAGCUUUUUUUUAAAUCAUUGAGACAUAGAUCUUUCUUUUCUUCUUGCAGAAUAACUCAAAAGCUUGUCACAACUACAGUCUUUACUUGGUUAUCUGUCAGCCACAGUUGCAACGGAUGUUUUAAUGAGUACCAGGUAUCUAAAUGCAUGCACUGUACACUCUAUUGGUGUCUGACCCUAGCCAUUAUGAAGUUUACCUGCGCGUGGUGGGCAAUUGAGAAUUGGACUGUAGACUACUUUGGCCUUUUAUUAAAUAUCUCCCUUUAUUUGAGGGAAAAUAAUGUCAACUGCUCUGGUAAUGACUUUAAAAUGUGAUUUUAGUUUUUUUUUCCUUUGCUGUGUGUUCUUUUUAUAUAUACAUUUUUUUUUUUGUCCAUCAAUAAGCAACUGAUAAAUACGUGUACAUAAUACCCUGUAUACUUUAAUAACCUUUUUUAUUUCUUUAAAAUGCCAGUGCCCUUUACCAAAA